GCCAGACUCCUAGGUGGGAACUCGGGAAAGCCAGUCUCUGCGGAGUGCGGAGUGUCCUUGUGUUUGGGACACAUGAUCUCUUGAGGUUCCCUAUGCUGAGGUUGUGCUUUCUCAUCAGUUUCACGUGCUUGGUGAAAUCAGAUACAGAUGAAACAUGCCCAUCCUUCACCAGACUGAGCUUCCACAGUGCGGUGGUAGGUACAGGACUAAGUGUGAGACUGAUGCUCUACACACAGAGAGACCAGACCUGUGCACAAGUCAUCAACUCCACAGCUCUGGGGAGCUUAAAUGUGACCAAGAAAACCACUUUUAUAAUCCAUGGUUUCCGGCCAACAGGCUCCCCUCCAGUUUGGAUGGAGGAGCUGGUACAGAGUUUGAUCAGGGUACAAGAGAUGAAUGUGAUGGUUGUUGAUUGGAAUCGAGGAGCGACGACUGUGAUAUACCCCCACGCGUCUAGCAAGACCAGAAAAGUAGCUCUUAUUUUGAAGGAAUUUAUCGACCAGAUGUUGGCCAAAGGAGCUUCUCUGGACAACAUUUACAUGAUUGGAGUAAGCCUAGGAGCCCACAUAUCUGGAUUUGUUGGAGAAAUGUAUGAUGGGAAGCUGGGGAGAAUCACAGGUCUUGACCCUGCAGGCCCUUUAUUCAACGGGAGACCUCCUGAGGACAGAUUAGAUCCCAGCGAUGCACAGUUUGUGGACGUCAUCCACUCAGACACUGACGCACUGGGCUACAAGGAAGCCCUAGGACACAUAGACUUCUACCCGAAUGGAGGACUGGAUCAGCCGGGUUGCCCCAAGACAAUAUUUGGAGGUAUAAAGUACUUCAAGUGUGAUCACCAGAUGUCCGUCUUCCUGUACCUUGCAUCCCUGCAAAAUAACUGCUCCAUCACGGCCUAUCCCUGUGACUCCUAUCGAGAUUAUAGGAACGGCAAGUGUGUCAGCUGUGGUGCUGGGCAAGUUGUGUCCUGUCCCCACCUGGGCUAUUAUGCUGACAACUGGAAAGAGUACUUAUGGGACAGAGAUCCUCCGAUGACAAAGGCGUUCUUCGACACGGCUGAGACAAAACCAUACUGCAUGUAUCAUUAUUUUGUGGACAUUGUAUCUUGGAACAAGAGUGUAAGAAGAGGGUUCAUUACAAUCAAACUGAGAGACGAAGAUGGAAAUAUCACAGAAUCCAAAAUUGAUCAUGAGCCGUCUGCAUUCCAGAAGUACCAUCAAGUGAGUCUCCUUGCGAGAUUUAAUCGAGAUCUGGAUAAAGUGGCAGAAAUUUCCUUGUUGUUCUCCACAAGGUCUGUGGUGGGCCCAAAGUACAAGCUCAGGGUCCUGCGAAUGAAGCUGAGGUCCCUGGCCCACCCAGACAGGCCUCACUUGUGUCGGUAUGAUCUCGUCCUUAUGGAGAAUGUUGAGACAUUCUUCCAACCUAUCCUGUGCUCCAAGCAGCAGAUGUAGCUGCUGUUAAGACAAGUGGCAGUGGUGACGUCAGGAUCUCUACAGCCACAGGCUUUUAGUGCCUAGCCCUACUGCGUCCUGAAGGCUCCCAAAGCAUGGGGGGAAAAAAACCAAGGUUAUUUUCGGCUGUGUUCCAAGGAUGUCACUUCACAAAAUGUCAAAGGACCUGUGAUUAUGAAACAGCACUGGGAGAGGAGCCCCUAAACUAGGGCAAGAUGGAAAUAGCUCAGCUCCCUACAGCAAAGCACUUCGGCUGGCUGCAUCCUGAGGCCUCACUUGUUCUCAACUGUCAAUUCUGCUGCCUGUCAUACCCACACCCUCAGGACCGUGGGGUAAGCAUCAGAGUGAAGUAACGCCUGGAGGCCUCUCAGGCAAUCUGUGUUCCUGUGCCCAGUCCUCUGCCAUCCUGGAAUGAGCUGGAGAAUGAACUGGACUACCUCAUGGGAACUGUGGGUUGGGAGGGCCAGUCUGAAGGGUCUGUGAAAUCCCUUGGGUCGAUAACUGGGGGAUGUGGACUACUGUGAAUCUGCUUUUAUUUUGGUAAGGUUUAGCUCUCAUGUGAGGAUACACAAUCUCUCUUUUUCAACUCCAGCUUCCCUCCUGGACUGUCUGCCUUGGAGCACCAAGAAGGCUCUGGCUUCCAGCCUUUUCUGAAGUGAUGCUGAUGGCCAGAGGUAUUGGGAUGAGCUUAUAGCCCUGAGGCCUGUGCUGCUAAGUGGAAGAAAGGAGAAGAAACAGGGGUAGCAUUUCAGCAUGUGGACUGGGCAGAGUGAGAGGCUGGAGGGAACCUGGCCAGCUUUCACUGAGGUUGCGGAAGUGUCAGUUACAGUGUUGUUUGUCUGCUCCGGGAGUGAACAUGCUGUGCAAUGAGCUCUGGUCUCAGCUUCAGAAAAAAAAAAUUUAAAGCAGUCCUUAAGACUGUUUUC